GUUUGUGAUGUCAUUUUUAUCUAUGCAUGCAGUAGAGUCGAAAACCUUUUUAAAAGUGUAUUUUUUUUCCCCUAGAUAUUACUACAGGCUGAUCGGUUUUGUGUUUGCAGUAACCAGUCUGAUGUCUGUCUCUCUCCAGGCAGUAACCAGACCAGAAGUGUAACCUUUCCCGCUGCGACCAACAUGGGUAUCCUGGAGAAGAUCGGAGAGAUAGAGAGAGAGAUCUCUCGAACACAGAAAAACAAAGCCACGGAGUACCAUCUGGGCCUGCUGAAGGCUAAGCUAGCUAAGUACCGGGCCCAGCUGCUAGAACCUUCCAAGUCCGCGGGAGCCAAAGGAGAGGGAUUCGACGUCAUGAAAUCUGGAGACGCUCGAGUCGCUCUGAUUGGGUUCCCUUCCGUUGGAAAGUCCACCUUCCUCAGUCUGAUGACGGCAACAGCCAGCGAAGCAGCUUCCUAUGAGUUCACCACCCUGACCUGUAUCCCAGGAGUUAUAGAGUAUAAUGGAGCCAACAUCCAGCUGCUGGACCUGCCAGGAAUCAUAGAAGGAGCGUCCCAAGGUAAGGGUCGAGGUCGGCAGGUCAUUGCUGUUGCCAGGACAGCAGACGUGGUCAUCAUGAUGCUGGACGCCACGAAGGGAGACGUCCAGAGGAAACUGCUGGAGAAAGAGUUGGAGUCCGUCGGCAUCAGACUGAACCGCUCCAAACCGAACAUCUACUUCAAGCCCAAGAAAGGAGGAGGUCUGUCCUAUAACUCCAUGGUUCCUCUGACGAUGUGUUCUGAGAAGCUGGUCCAACUCAUCCUCCACGAGUACAAAAUCUUCAAUGCGGAGGUUCUGUUCCGAGAAGACAGCACUCCUGAUGACUUCAUCGACGUCAUUGUUGGGAACCGAGUUUACAUGCCCUGUUUAUACGUCUACAACAAGGUGGAUCAGAUCUCCAUAGAGGAGGUGGAUCGACUGGCUCACGAACCCCACAGCGUCGUCAUCAGCUGUGGGAUGAAGCUGAACCUGGACUACCUGCUGGAGAGGCUGUGGGAAUACCUGGCGCUCAUCUGUCUUUACACAAAGAAGAGAGGAGAGAGGCCUGACUUCAGCGACGCCAUCAUCAUGAGGAGAGGAGCGUCUGUUGAACAUGUGUGCCAUCGAAUCCACAGAACGUUAGCCAGCCAGUUCAAGUACGCCCUGGUCUGGGGAACCAGCACCAAGUUCGACCCUCAGCGGGUUGGACUAACCCACGUCAUGGAGCACGAGGACGUCAUUCAGAUCGUUAAGAAGUAAAACGGGCCUUCGGGAUUGGACCGAUGACGGGCUGGGUGGGAAGAGAGUUAGUUAAACGGGCCUUCGGGAUUGGACCGAUGACGGGCUGGGUGGGAGGAGAGUUAGUUAAACGGGCCUUCUGAUUGGACCGAUGACGGGCUGGGUGGGAGGAGUUAGUUAAACGGGCCUUCUGAUUGGACACAAUACAGGAUGGGGUGGGAGGAGUUAAAAACCAAAACAGGAAGUUGAUUUAUCCAGAACCAGUGUACAGUAGAUUCUAAAGUAAAUAACCAAUAACCAAUCACGAACCAGAUGCCAUCUGAGGACAGGAAGCAGAAUAUUUAGUAUAUUUUGUUGACAUUGAAACAGGGAAAAACUAAAUAAAAUAAGAAGUUGAAAUGUG